AUGGUUUUCAUUACUAGAAGCAGAGCAAAGCUCUUCAUGUUGCAUCGCCAAAAUGGCUCAAGAUUUAUGUCCACAGCUAAUGUAAGGGAACGCAAAGCAUCUGUUGGUCUCAUCGGCUUAGGCCAAAUGGGUUAUGGAAUGGCCAAAAACCUUGCAUUAAAGAGCUCAGGUCCAGUCUAUGUCUUUGAUUUGAAUCAAGCUGCUAUUCAACGCAUUACUCAAGAGUUCCCCAAUGUUAAGACUGUACGCGACGUCUCAGAAUUAGGCGAAAAAACAUCUACCGUGAUCACCAUGCUUCCUGAACAUUCGCAUGUGGAGUCUGUCUAUGAACAGCUUCUACCUACCGUGGAUGGCGAUAGUGUUUUGGUGGAUUCCAGUACUAUUGAUGCUAGUGUAUCGCGUAAAGUUGCCGAGAAAGUAGCUCAAAAGGGCGGCCUUGCCUUUGAUGCACCUGUAAGCGGCGGUACAUUGGGUGCUGAUGCAGGUACCUUGACAUUCAUGGUAGGUAGUCCUUCUGAGGAAGCUUUUGAUCAAGUCAGGCCUGUAUUGCAACACAUGGGAAAAAAUGUCAUUUACUGUGGUGUCAAUGGCUCUGGUCAGGUAGCCAAGUUGUGUAAUAACAUGCUAUUGGGUAUAAGCAUGAUUGGCGUUUCUGAGGCGAUGCAUUUAGGCACAAAGUUGGGCAUGGAUCCUCAGUUGUUGGCCUCCAUCUUGAACAAUUCCACUGGUCGUUGCUGGAGUUCCGAUACUUAUAAUCCUUAUCCCGGUGUCAUCCCUACUGCUCCUGCAUCCAGAGAUUACCAAGGCGGAUUCAGUAACAAACUCAUGGCCAAGGAUCUUCGUUUGGCCAUGAAGGCUGCUGAGAGUUGCGACACCAGCCCUCAAUUAGGCACAAUGGCCAGCAAUGUUUACCAAAAAUUAUGCACUACCAAAGAUUUUGAAUCCUUAGACUUCUCGAGUGUAUUCAAAUGGAUUUCAAAUAAAUGA